AUGGCGAUGACUCAUGUUUUACAGCAGCUUGUUUCACAGCCUAAAUAUGAAAACUCUCUUCUGAGUCUCAGAGUCGGUAAAUCUUCCAAAUUCUGCUUUGAGUGUGGCGUAAUAGUUGUGGUUUGGAGGGCCGGAUCGAAAUCUGCGAGGGGCCGUGUUCGGCCCGCGGGCCUUGGGUUUGACACCAGUAACCUGAGCUCUCUGCUUUCUUCGCAAAUCAUUGAUUCUGUUUUUAUUUUCUCAGCUAAUCCCAGAGUCAACGUGGAGCUGCGACAGCGUCUGCCCCCACCGGCAACACAGCAACCCAGCAACUCAACCCAGCAACCCAGCAACUCAACCCAGCAACUCAGCAACUCAACCCAGCAACCCAGCAACUCAACCCAGCAACCCAGCAACUCAACCCAGCAACCCAGCAACUUAACCCAGCAACCCAGCAACUCAACACAGCAACCCAGCAACUCAACCCAGCAACCCAGCAACUUAACCCAGCAACCCAGCAACUCAACACAGCAACCCAGCAACUCAAUCCAGCAACCCAGCAACUCAAUCCAGCAACCCAGCAACUCAACACAGCAACUCAGCAACUCAAAACAGCAACCGCCCUGUGCAGGGCGGAUGGAUGUGGAUGCUUCCCCCAGCCGAAGCCCCUCUCCCUGGGCAGAGGUGUGCGGAGACGCCCCUGAUGUUUCUGGGAGUCAGCUGGUCAGCUCUCAUCAGGAAGUCGUGUUUGGACCAAUCACAGCGUCCGGUCGAGUUGAGACUUUUGAUCAAGACAAAAACGUCUCGUUUUUACUGAAGGAGCUCGACACUCUGAGAGAGACCAACAAGAAGCUGCAGGAGGAACUGGUCCAGAAGGAGACGGAGCUGCAGAGGAGAGAGGUGGAGGAGGAGCUGGGGGGGGAGAGGAGGGAGGCCCAUCACUGGGAGAGGUCUGAAGCGGUGUUGGGCGAGCUGUUGGCGGCUCAGAAGGACAGAGAUCAGGCUCUGAUGUCACGACUCCUGCUGGCCAAUGAGGAGAGAGACGAGGCUCUACUUCGCGCACGUCAACUGCAGCAGGCGGCCGAGUUGGAGAGUUUUCCCCUGGAGGACGUCGACAUGGACGUGAGCGAGCUGCUGCAGCGUGUCUGCGGUGCCGACUCGGUCCGGGACGUCCAGCGGGUCGGCUCGGUUCUGGUGCAGCGUCUGCGCUCGGCGCUGCAGCGGAGGAGUGACAUCACAGCACAGGAGAUGAAGGCCGUGAUGGAGGAGAGAGACGGCUCCAUCGCCAAGCUGAUGAUGACUCAGCAGUUUCUUCAGGAUGUUUGUGAUGUUCUGCUGCUGACUCGUCUCUAA